AUGUUCAAACAACAACAACAACAACAACAACAAAUGGGUGAAACACUUUCACCUUCAGUACAAUUAGAUAUGUCUAAUGAAAUAUCUUCUUCACCAUCUUCCCAAUUGAGUGUCAUUGUUGAUUUAGCAACAUCAACAUUUGAUUUUAAAAAACUUUAUCAUCAACUUUCAUGUGAAUCACUCUUAAAUUUUGAUCAUCAUUAUUGGCAUUUUGGUGGUCUUCGAUCUUAUACAAUCCCAUUUCAAUCUAAUGAUGAUGAAACAAUUAUUGAUAGUUUUAUGUCUAAAUUAAAAUUAUUACAAAAUUAUUUAUCUCUUUUCCCACCAUAUUGGAUUUCACAUAAAAAAUGUCAACAACAACUUCUUUUAUCCUUGACAUCAUCCGAGGUUAUCAAAAAAAAUCUUAAAUUAGGGAAAUUUUAUACAAAUAAUAUCUUUCAAAUAGAAUAUACAGCAGGUGCACUUGUACAAUUAAAUAAAUAUAUUUAUGAUAUACAAACAGAAAUAAAAGAUAGUUGGCGUUUAGUUUUUUAUCAUGAUAGAAUUGAUAUUGAUUAUGGUUGUAAAAUGAAUAAAUUACGAAAAACAUUAAAAGCUGAAAUGAUAGAUAAAUGUGUUAUUAUAAUGACUGAACAAAAUAGAUUAACGUUUUUUAUUAAUAUGAAUGGAAAUCUAAUUGAUUAUAAAAGUUUGAAUGAUGACGAAAAAAUUAAUUUAGAACAGGAUUCUUCAUUACAAAAAUCUAAUGAAUCAACAGUUUCAUAUACACGUAUUGCACCUCGUGAAUCACAAACAUUUUAUUCAACAAUUCGUCUUGUUAUAUCAUUUGAAAAUAAUAAUCCUAAUGAAGAAAAUCAAACGGAAAAUUUAAAACGUUUAAAAUAUUGUUAUACACAAUUUCAAGAAUUUUUUCAUCGUAAUCAUAUAAAUGAUUGUUUCGGAAUUAUUAAAAGUACACCUUCAACAAAAGAUUUUUCAUCAAUAAUAUCAUUAUUUAUGAAUAAUGAAACAAUGUCAUUUAUUAAACAAUAUUGUUGGCAAAUGUUAUUAUCCAUUGGUUAUCGUUUUCAACAAAGAUUAACAGAAAAUUUUAUUCAACAAAUGAAUCUUAUUGAGGAUGAUGAUGAAUUUUAUCAGACAUCUCUUCAUAUAUGGCGUCGUUCAAGUGAAUAUUAUUUUAUUGAUUUACUUGCUGAAUUACAUCGUUAUCGAGAAAAACGAGUCGCUUUAGCAUUAUUAUCAUCUCCUAUGAAUACUUAUCAACAAGGAUUCAAAAAAGAAGAUAAUGAACAAGAACGUUGGAGUAUACAUAAUCCACCACGUAAUUAUGCAUAUGUACCAUCAGUAACACUAACACCAACAACUAUUUGUGUUAAACCAUUUAAAUUAGUUAAAACUAAUCGAGUUUUACGUGAACAAAAAUUUGGUGGAAAUCUUAUGUUUGCAUUAGUUGAUGUUAAAGAUGAAAAUGGUACAAUGGAUUUAUUUCCACAUGAUUAUCGAGCUUUACGUUGGAAAAUUGAAAUGUUACUUGAAUCAGGUUUUGAUUUAGGUAAAAAAGGUCGAACAUAUCGUUAUUUACAUCAUUCACAAUCACAAUUAAAAGAUAAACAAUUUUGGUUUUAUCAUCAUGAUAAUCAAAUAAAUCUUUCAUUUGAAGAAGCAUUUACAUGGAUGGGAGAUUUUCAAGAAGAAAAAAUUGUUGCUAAACAUGCAGCACGUAUUGCACAAUGUUUUACAAGUGCUGAAGCAACUAUUCAAAUUCCAUCAGAACAAGUUGAAUAUAUUGAAGAUAUUCAUACAGAUGAUCGCAAAUAUAAUUUUACAGAUGGUGUUGGAACAAUGUCAACAGUCAUACGUGAUAAUAUUAAUCCACAUCGACAAUUUUCAGCUAUUCAAAUUCGAUAUGGUGGAUGUAAAGGUGUCAUAUCUGUUAAUCCAGAUUUAGAUAAUGCUCCUCAUCAAUUACGUAUUCGUCAAUCAAUGAAAAAAUUUAAAUGUUCACAUGAUAUUCUUGAAUUAUGUCGAAUAUCUAAACCUCGACCACUUUAUUUAAAUCGACAAAUAAUUGUUUUACUUUCUCAUCGUUUAAUUGAUGAUCGUACAUUUCUUUUACUUCAAAAUGAACAUCAACAAAUUUUAUCCGAAUCACUUGUAUAUCCUCAACGUGCAUAUGAAUUAUUAAGUGAAAAAUUAAGUCGAAAUUUAUUUCCAUUACGUACUUUAAUUCAUGAUGCACAACUUAAUUUAAUUCAAGAACCAUUUUUUCAUCAAUUAAUAAUAACAAUUGGUAAAUUUGAAUUAGCACAAAUGCGUGAACGUACACGUUUAAAAUUACCGAAAAAUUCAGCAAGAAAUAUGAUUGGUAUUGUUGAUGAAUAUGGAAUUUUAGAAUAUGGACAAGGUAUUUAA